GCGAGCACAGCUGGGGCAUCUCGCUCAGCUCUUACCUACGGCCACAGCAGCCAUCCCACAAGAUGAUCGGGAUCCUCCUGCUCCUGCUCCUGCUCCUGCUCCUCCCCCUUUUCCUGUACAUCGCUGCACCCCAAAUCAGGAAAAUGCUGUCCAGUGGGGUGUGUACAUCAGCCGUCCAACUUCCUGGGAAGGUCGCUGUGGUCACUGGAGCCAACACGGGCAUUGGAAAGGAGACAGCCAAAGAACUGGCUCAAAGAGGAGCCCGCGUGUAUUUAGCGUGCCGGGAUGUACAAAAGGGGGAAUUGGUGGCCAGAGAGAUCCAAAUUGUGACUGGGAACCAACAGGUGUUAGUGCGGAAACUGGAUUUGGCUGAUACAAAAUCUAUUCGAGCCUUUGCUAAAGACUUUUUAGCAGAGGAGAAGCAUCUUCACAUUCUGAUCAACAAUGCAGGAGUGAUGAUGUGUCCCUACUCUAAGACAGCAGAUGGCUUUGAGAUGCACAUGGGAGUCAACCACUUGGGUCACUUUCUCCUGACCCAUCUGCUGCUAGACAAACUGAAGGAAUCAGCCCCAUCAAGGGUAGUGAAUGUGUCUUCUCUAGCACAUCACCUGGGAAGGAUCCACUUCCAUAACCUACAGGGCGAGAAAUUCUACAAUGCAGGUCUGGCCUACUGUCACAGCAAGUUAGCCAACAUUCUCUUCACCCAGGAACUGGCUCGGAGGCUCAAAGGCUCUGGCGUUACGACAUAUUCUGUCCAUCCGGGCACAGUCAACUCUGAACUGGUUCGGCACUCAUCCUUCAUGAAAUGGAUGUGGUGGCUUUUCUCCUUCUUCAUCAAGACCCCUCAGCAGGGAGCGCAGACCAGCCUGUAUUGUGCCCUCACCGAAGGUCUUGAGGUUCUCAGUGGGCAUCAUUUCAGUGACUGCAGGGUGGCAUGGGUCUCUGCCCAGGCUCGGAAUGAGACAACAGCAAGGCGGCUAUGGGACGUCAGCUGUGACCUGCUGGGCAUCCCUAUGGACUGACAGGUGGUAGCAGGUGGACUCAAGAGAAACCCGCAGCAGACUACUCAGUACUCCCUGCCAAAAUGAUUCUCCUUCAUGACGGCCAAAACCUUGAGCACAAAGAAAACAAACCUUCCAGCCUUUCCUGCUUGAUGUCUGAUAAAAGCCCAGUGUAACUGCCAGAUUCAUCAAAACACGUUGCAUUAGUCCAGAUUGAUUUUGCUCUUGUUACUGCCAGACGUACAAGAGGUAUCAUAGGAUAAGAUCUUCAUAUGACCUGCAAACUCAUAUUCGCCUUCUGAAACCUACUACCUAGGAGAAUCUUAGCUAUGGCAGCGUCAAUUUAUGGCAGUUUGGAUUAGUUUCUACCCUCUUUGUUCACAAUAUAGUUCCUCCCAACCACCAACCAACUUUCAUUUCAAGAGAACCACACUGCAGCCCCAGCUGAACUCCCAGAAUCAAUGGUGGCUUGGCUUAAGAGCAGGGCUCAUCCCUCACCUAUUAAGAAAACCAUCAUAUGCCAACAUCUGGAUUCUCUCAGGAAGCUCUUAACUGAAUCUGGAUUAUGGGAUGGGCUUUAUCUUCAGCAACCUAAAGCCACUUUAGGACACUUUUACAUGUCGACCACAGAAGAGCUUCCUUUUCUAGGAAGUUCACGGGGUUGGGAGGAUGGCAGAAAUAUGGAGGAAAGCAGAAAUAAAAAUCAAGUUUAAACUGUCAUUUUCCUACUGUUUCUCAGGCCAGCAAGUGGGUAAAGAAAGGAGCAGUACAGGAAGAUAGAUCACCUACCUGACUUCAGUUUACUGACCCCAGACCCAUGGAGGCCUUUUUGUGCCUUAGUUUCUCUUAGAAAAUCAGAAGAAGGGAAAGGCGAGUGAUUGUCACUGAGUAUAUCUUUGUGUGUGUUCUUAUGUAGUUAUGCAAUUGGGAUUAUUUUUACAAAAUUCAAAGUAGCUACAAAGGAACAGUAUUAAACUGGACCCUGGCGCAGGUAAGUGUUCAAAGAUGGAGAAAAGAGUGUCAUCCAAUCUUUAAUACAAAUGAGUGGAGCUACAAAGGGAAACAGAUUGUGUAUAUGUGGAUAACUACUCACCAAGAAGCACAUGGGUAGAAGGGAAGAAGCCCAAAAAAGAGAAGAAUCCUGGAAGAUAAUGCAUACAGUGAAGGGCCAGUUAAGGAUUAAAAAAACAAAACAAAACAAAAAACAGCUAAAGAUGGCAAUAUGUAACUAUAGAAGAAUUGAAGGUGAGCACCUGAGUUAGCAAGACUGAUACUGCACUGUCUUAACAAGCACCAAUCAAUCAAGGGGGCAGAAAAAGACCCCCAAAAAACCCAAUUCUUUAUUAGGCAAAAUUAUCCUAAGGACUGAUAUUGGUAAUUUAUAGUCAAUUUAAUAAUCUUCAGGGCAUUUCCUGACAUUAUCUUGACAAGAUUAAAAUGUCUAUUUGCUAAAAACCUACAUUUAAUUUGGAGAACUCUUAUCAAAGGUAAUGCUGCCAUAGGAAAUUGGAGGAAUCAGUAAUGUUCCCAUCACUUGUUUGGAGUAUGUUAUUCUAAUAGUUUGUGAUUACCUUGGACUGACAAUUACAUAUUCACUUUGGUGGGGGAAAGAGUUAUAGUCUUCUAUAUUUGUAAAUAUAGUCUUCUCAUAUUUGUAAAUGCAUAUUCUUUUGUUGCACUUGUUUUUACUAUUAAGGUAUCUAAUUUAGAAAUGGUCGUUUUAUGGAAAAAUUGGAAAAUUUUAAUAAUAGUUAAGUAGCAUAAUUGAAGUCAUAUUUUACUUAAUUUAUGUUGAACUGUCAAUAACAGAAAGUUUUUGAUUAUUAUGUUUUUAUUUACCAAAAUAAAAACUGUAUUAAAUGAAAGUUUAGAGUCAAUGGAAGAAAACAAUUAAA